GACGUGUAGUGGGUUGUUACAUCAUGGUCAUGAUAAGAGCACGUUAUCUUGGUUGCCAGCGUGCGUACGUUACAGUGUUUAUUUCACUGAAGAAGGAGUGCGUUUAGGCAGUACGGGCGCACCGAAGUGGUACCAAACACCGACAGUGAAAGCCACGAUUCAUUCGAUAUGUAAGAAUCGCUAGAGAAUCUUCAUUUCCCUGUCACCACCAGGUUACCUUCAAAGACUCCUCUGAUACAGGAUACGUUUCAUUUACGCAAGCUGGAGCUUAGUGGGCUACAACAUUAUGCAAAACUUUAUCAGAGCAGUAAGGACCUUUGCUUAUAACCAUUCAACUGGAAUAACAGUGGUUACAUUCACAGGGCUGGGACUGUAUGCUUUGCACAGAUGGAAGGCAGGAGGGGUCUGUUGCAGCCCAACAAGGCUGGAUGGGAAGACCGUCCUCAUCACAGGAGCCAACACAGGGAUUGGAAAAGAGACUGCGGCAGACCUGGCAAGCAGAGGAGCCCGUGUCAUCUUGGCUUGUAGGGACUUGGUCAAAGCCACAUUGGCUGCAGAAGAUAUCAGGGAGAGAAGUGGUAAUGGCAAUAUAGUGGUGAAAAGGCUGGACCUUGCAUCUUUACAGUCAGUUCGACAGUUGGCUAAGGAUCUGCUGGAGACAGAGGAAAGACUGGAUAUCCUCAUCAACAAUGCAGGUGUCAUGAGCUGCCCAAAAUGGCAGACAGAGGAUGGCUUUGAGAUGCAGUUUGGGGUCAACCACCUAGGCCACUUCCUGUUAACCAACUGCCUGUUGGACCUGCUGAAGAAAUCUGCACCGAGUCGCAUUGUUAAUGUCUCCAGCUUGGCUCAUGAACGAGCAGCUGAGAUUUACUUUGACGAUAUUAAUUUGGACAAAGACUACACUCCCCAGAAGGCCUAUAAGCAAAGUAAACUGGCCAAUGUGCUGUUCUCCAGAGAGCUAUCCAAGAGACUACAAGGCACUGGUGUGACCGUGUACAGUCUUCACCCAGGGAUCAUCCACACUGAACUGGGAAGGCACUUCUGGCCCAAGCUGCCCCUGUGGAAGAGGAUCCUGUACCAGCCCUUCGUGCACCUAAUCAAAACGCCCAGAGAAGGAGCACAGACCACCAUCUACUGUGCUGUGGAGGAAAGUCUGGCCAAGGAGAGUGGGCUCUACUACAGUGACUGUGAGCGCAAACCUGCAGCCCCCCAGGGACAGGAUGACGAGGCUGGCAGGCGGCUUUGGGACCUGAGUCACUCCAUGGUUGGACUCUCCUAAUACUGCGGAGAAGAGCGCCCCCUGAGGGUUGGUUUGGCCUUGUACGCCUAGUCGGGUCUCUACAGCCAAUCUCUAUCUGGUUACUCACCCUUGGCAGUGAACAAAUGAAUGUCAUCAUCAUUUGAGUCUGAAUGUUUGGAGUUGACAUAACAAACAACAGAGAAGUAAUGUUACAGACAUUUAUUCAAAAUAUACAGGCUACUACAUACAAAAAUACUAUGCAUUAUAUGGUGUAAAUAUGAGUCAAACAACCAGUUGAGUGUCUCUCACGAUUGAGUCAUGUGGAAGCCGCGUGAUAAUUUCACAUUUUCACUGGUAUGUCAGUGUGUGAAUUGUUUUGGAUACGCUAUCAUUCUAAGGUCAGCAUGUUAAGUAAUCAAAUCACAAAUCACAUUAUUUCUUUUUAAGUACAUACAUUCUUGUUAAUUUUAGACCUUAUUUAGCCUCUAGGAUAUAUAGAACAAACUAUUUCCUUAACUCUGUGUUUAAAUUAAAUAUUUGUAUUAGAGUGACAGUUAAUAAAGGCCUCAUAAAGUAGUUAUAACCAUUUUUACAAGCUCACUGCUUUUAUGAUCACAGAUUUCCUAUAACCAAAAACCUAAAGUCUAUUUCAUCCUCUUUGAAACAUAAACUGCUCAGAUCUUUUGAAUAUUAGUUAGUAAAUGAGACAUUAAAGUGCAAUUAAUCUGUUUCGUAAGGCAUGCCUUUCAUAUUGAUGCUGUCAGUAUUUAUUUCAGAUCAAAUGGCUUCUCUGAACAUUGUCAAUAGAAUAUCUGUAUUCUGCUAAGUGUGACUCAUGCUUAGGCUGUGCGUUUACAUACUAACACCAGAAUAAAUUUGUGUUUUGGAGUAUUA